AGAGAGAGAGAGAGAGUGAGAGAGACCCACACACAAUCAGUGAGGAAGAGGGAAAGAGAGAGAAAGAGAGAGGGAGAAAGGGGGAGAGCAGGGAUCUUACCAGACUAAUGGCUGCACUGCUCGUGGGAUUCCGCCUGAUUUUUCGACUCCUGAUCCUCCUGCCUCUCAGCUCUUUGUUUGCCGACGGACUGGGGAGGGGAGCGGCGCGCUGCAGCCGGACUUCGGGCUCGUACCCCGUCCCUGGACCCGGCAAGAGAGCGAACCAUUGCGGUGGACCGGUGGUCUUGGCCGGAGUCGAUUCAGAGAUCCGUCCAUGGUGGAUUUUACAGUCUGCCUGCCGUGCCUCAAAAUGUCACGUCUGGGGCUGCAUUAGUCGGGAGGGCGCAUGUCGGAGCCUGAACGCGUUAACACCUUCGUGCUCUGGAAUCGGAGAUGCACAAAGAGCAGCUCGGGGACAGCGGCCACGGACUGUGUGCCGUCAUCUCCCGUCAGGUACGAGGACCCGCGGGGGAAGGGGCGUUGUUCCACCUUUUCUCUCAUCCCCGAUACAAUAUGGCAAAAAGCCGUCUGUGCAAAGGACUAGAACGAACACACGGUUACCCUCCCUUCGGUUGCUUUCUCCCUUUGCUAAAGUCGCCGCAGGGGGAGUCUUUGUGAGUGACCAGCGCUUGGGAGGUGAAAGUGAUGUGUGCAGAUUGCUGCUUGUCUUUACACGGGCCAGCGCCCAGCGUCCCGGGCCCAGCCGUUGGGCCAGUUCUGUAGCACAGGAGAAUCCCCGCUGUCUGCUUUCAGCCUCUUACUUUUACCAUGAUCUAUAUUUUGAGGUGGACACUGGCGAUAAUGACGAAUGUAAUUGUAGCAGUUACAGUUUUAUUGAUGUCGUCAGCGAUGUUUGCAAUUCGAUCGCUACAGCUGGUGACACUGGGAGCCGCGCGCGCAGGCCCUACCCGAGUUCUGUGUUCUCAGCAGCAGCAGACAGCGCGAGCGGGUGCUCAGAGUCGCACCUGAUUAUGAAGCGCGCUGUCGCGCGUGUUCAUUGUGCCCACCGAGAUGGCUGCCACUGUCUAGCUGUGGAUGGAGUGAAAACACGACCAAACAGAAGUAUUUUAUUACACCCGAUCGAUAAGGCUUGCGGCGCGAGUGCAUCAUCAAACUCAAACAGCGGAACAACUCCAGAGAAGGGAAAGGGUUCGCCGGUGUCUCUGUCCAACAGCAGGAGAAGCACAGGGAGGACACACACCCGCGGGGAAAGGGGUGUUCCAGCUCGAUCCAAAGGCUCUUCCCAGGGGAUUCCGGCCCGCCACAGGCGUCCCGAGUGCGAUGUGUCAGUGAGUAAUCCAGACUCCCAGAACCGCUGUCAUAUUCCCGCUAAUGGCACAACUGAAGUCGCUGCCCAUACUAGGGCUAAUGCCCAUUCUGUGUCUUCUGUUAUUUCCAAAACUUCCGCAACUCAAUCUUCUGAUCUUUCUGAAGUUGCUCCUUUCUCUCACUCCGCGGGCUCCCCCAUCAACCUCAGAGCAUCUUCUAACGCCGAUCCGUCUGCUGUAGUGUCAGCUCUUCGUGCUGCUCUCGAAACAGAUGUUGCUAACGACGAUAUCACCAAAAGCGGCCGUGACGUUACUCUCGCGUUGAAUUUGCCCGAGCUUUCUGAAGUUCUGCACUCCAGAGAACUGCACCGCUCAGAACAGGCGCUGUGCUCCACGGCUCGCGCUGGUAAUCUAAAGCAAUCAGCACCACCAGUCCAAUGGACAGCUCCCAUCACAAGUUUGCCUCGUCGCGCAUGGCUGGAAGAAAAAAUACUUUCAGAUGUAAUACAUUGGAGGAUUACAAAUAACCUGAACAACAACAACAACAAUAACAAAAACAACAUCAACAACAAUAACAAUAAUAAUAACAAUGACAAAAACAACAACAACAACCAUAACAGCAACAACAGCAAGGAAGAUCCCGAUGAGACGAACAGAAAUCUAAGCGGUGAAGGUUUAGAUGCUGACGGAAGUCAGGGAACGACUCCGCGAGUACAUUCCCAGCAUACACCACGGGAGGAGUUCCCGAAGGAGAGCUGCCACGAUGCGUGUGUUGACGCUGCAACUCGCAAAGGCUUAAACACCGAUGAGGGAGUCACGCGCCUGCAAUUAAAAGCCGGUAAAUUAGUGGCAUUACAACGCGGAGGUGUCAGUCAGCUGCGGGAGCACCUGGGUCGCGAGGCCCAGGGGCAGAGGAGAGAAGGUGGGGAAGAGGAGGAGGCGGGGGAGUGGCAGGAUCCAGGGAAAACAAAGGCAACAAAAUGGACAGAUGUGAUUGAGCAAAGAGAAGGGAAAGGUCAUAAAAACAGCUCACAGGCAGAGGGAGGAAAAAACAGUGACAAAUGGAGAGGGGGACAGAGCUAUGAGAACAGAGAAACCGAGGGCUACGAGGGUAGAGGUGGAGAAAAAGGGGAUGAGAACAGAGAAAAAGAGGGAUAUAAGGGUAGAGGUGGAGAAGAAGGGGAUGAGAACAGAGAAACAGAGGGAUAUAAGGGUAGAGGUGGAGAAGAAGAGGAUGAGAUCAGAGCAAGAGGGAGAUAUGAGGAUGAUGAGAAAGAGAGAGAGGGCGAUGAGGACAGGAAAAGAGAAGGAGAGGGAGAUGAGAAGAAUGAGAGGGAACUACAAGAGGAUGCAGAGAGAGGAGGAGGUGUGCAUAAAGAGAGCGGAGGAGAGGGGGGUGAGGAAGAGCGGGAGAGAGCGCCGGGCCGUUCCAGGCGAGCGGCGAACAGGCACCCCCAUUUCGCCCAGUACAAUUACCAGGUGCAGGUGGCCGAGAACCAGCCGCCGGGCACCUCGGUCAUCGCCAUGGCAGCGCAGGACCCGGACGCGGGGGAGGCGGGGCGUCUGAGCUACAGCAUGGCGCCGCUCAUGAACAGCCGGUCCAUGGACUUCUUCCACAUCGACCCGGCCACCGGCCUGAUGAGCACCACGCAGGUCCUGGACCGCGAGCACAUGGACCUGCACUACUUCCGCGUGACCGCGGUCGACCACGGCUCGCCGCGCCUCUCCGGCACCACCAUGGUCGCCAUCACCGUGUCCGACCGCAACGACCACUCGCCCGUGUUCGAGCAGGGCGAGUACCGCGAGACCAUCCGCGAGAACGUGGAGGAGGGCUACCCCAUCCUGCAGCUGCGCGCCACCGACCUGGACGCGCCCUCCAACGCCAACAUCCGCUACCGCUUCGUGGGCGACGCGGCGGCCGCGCGGGCCGCCUUCGAGAUCGACCCGCGCUCGGGGCUGAUCGCCACGCGGGGCCCGGUCGACCGGGAGACCGUGGAGCGCUACACCCUGCAGGUGGAGGCCAGCGACCAGGGCAAGGAGCCCGGCCCGCGCUCGGCCACGGUCCGGGUCUACAUCUCCGUGCUGGACGAGAACGACAACGUGCCGCAGUUCACGGAGAAGCGCUACGUGGUGGCGGUGCGCGAGGACGUGCGGCCGCACUCGGAGGUGCUGCGCGUCAGCGCCACGGACCACGACAAGGACGGCAACGCCGCCGUCCACUACAACAUCAUCAGCGGCAACAGCCGCGGCCAGUUCUCCAUCGACAGCGUGACGGGCGACAUCCAGGUGGUGGCGCCCUUGGACUUCGAGGCGGAGAGGGAGUACACGCUCCGGGUGCGGGCGCAGGACAACGGGCGCCCGCCCCUCUCCAACAACACCGGCAUCGUCAGCGUGCAGGUGACCGACGUCAACGACAACCCGCCCAUCUUCGUCUCCACGCCCUUCCAGGCCUCCGUGCUCGAGAGCGCCCCCGUAGGCCACUCUAUCCUGCACAUCCAAGCUAUCGACACCGACUCAGGGGACAACGCUCGGCUGGAGUACCGGCUGACGGGGACCAGCUCGGACACUCCCUUUGUGGUAAACUCGGCCACGGGCUGGGUGACCGUGAGCUCGGAGCUGGACCGCGAGGCGGUGGAGCAUUAUUUCUUUGGCGUGGAGGCCAGGGACUACGGAGCCCCGCCCCUCUCAGCCUCGGCCAGCGUCACCAUCACCGUCAUGGACGUGAACGACAAUCGGCCCGAGUUCCUGCAGAAGGAGUACUUCGUGCGCUUGAACGAGGACGCGGCCGUCGGCACGAGCGUGGUCAGCGUGACCGCCAUCGACCGCGACGUCAACAGCGCCGUCACCUACCAGAUCACCGGCGGCAACACGCGGAACCGCUUCGCCAUCAGCACGGCGGGCGGCGGGGGGCUGCUCUCCCUGGCGCUGCCGCUCGACUACAAGCAGGAGCGGCGGUACGUGCUGACCGUGACCGCCUCCGACCGCACGCUGCACGACACCUGCCAGGUGCACGUCAACAUCACCGACGCCAACACGCACCGGCCCGUGUUCCAGAGCGCCCACUACUCGGUGAGCGUGAACGAGGACCGGCCGCCGGGCAGCACGGUCGUGGUCAUCAGCGCCACGGACGAGGACGUCGGCGAGAACGCCCGCAUCACCUACUUCCUGGAGGACAACAUCCCGCAGUUCCGCAUCGACCCCGCGAGCGGCGCCAUCACCCUGCUCACCGAGCUGGACUACGAGGACCAGAUGACCUACACGCUGGCCAUCACCGCGCGCGACAACGGCAUCCCGCAGAAGUCCGACACCACCUACGUGGAGGUGAACGUGAACGACGUGAACGACAACGCGCCGCAGUUCCUCAGCCCGCGCUACCAGGGCGCGGUGAGCGAGGACGCCCCGCCCUUCACCAGCGUGCUCCAGAUCUCCGCCACCGACCGCGACGCCCACGCCAACGGCCGCGUGCAGUACACCUUCCAGAACGGCGAGGACGGCGACGGCGACUUCACCAUCGAGCCCACCUCGGGCAUCGUGCGCACCGUCCGCCGGCUGGACCGCGAGAGCACGCCGUUCUACGAGCUGACGGCCUACGCGGUGGACCGCGGCGUGCCGCCGCAGCGCUCCCCGGUGCACAUCCAGGUCACCGUGCUGGACGUCAACGACAACGCGCCCGUCUUCCCGGCGGACGACUUCGAGGUGCUGGUGAAGGAGAACAGCGUGGUCGGGUCGGUGGUGGCCCAGAUCACGGCCAGCGACCCGGACGAGGGCCCCAACGCGCAGAUCAUGUACCAGAUCGUGGAGGGGAACAUCCCGGAGAUCUUCCAAAUGGACAUCUUCUCCGGGGAGCUGACCUCGCUCAUCGACCUGGACUACGAGGUGCGGUCGGAGUACGUGAUCGUGGUCCAGGCCACCUCGGCGCCGCUGGUGAGCCGGGCCACGGUGCGAAUCCGCCUGGUGGACCAGAACGACAACGGGCCGCUGCUCCGCGACUUCCAGAUCAUCUUCAACAACUUCGUCUCCAACCGCUCCAACAGCUUCCCGAACGGCGUGAUCGGGCGCGUGCCGGCGCACGACCCGGACGUGUCCGACCGGCUGCACUACUCCAUCCAGCGCGGCAACGAGCUGCACCUGCUGCUGCUCAACCACAGCAGCGGCGAGCUCCGCCUCAGCCGCAAGCUGGACAACAACCGCCCGCUCACCGCCAACAUGCUGGUCACCGUCUCCGAUGGGAUCCACAGUGUUUCUGCGCAGUGUAUUCUCAGAGUGUUGAUCAUCACCGAGGACAUGCUGAGCAGCAGUGUGACGGUGCGCCUGCAGAACAUGUCCCAGGAGCACUUCCUGUCGCCGCUGCUCGCUCACUUCCUGGAGGGCGUGUCGGCCGUGCUGUCCGUGCCCCAGGAGGACGUGUUUGUGUUCAACAUCCAGCCCGACGUGGAGGCGGGGGACGUUCUGAACGUCAGCUUCUCCGCCGCUCUGCCGGGGGGGCGCUUCUUCCCCUCCGAAGCCCUGGAGGAGCGGCUGUACCUCAACCGGCCACGCCUCACCUCUCUGGCCCAGAUGGAGGUGCUCCCAUUCGACGACAACGUGUGCCUGCGCGAGCCGUGCCAGAACUACAUGAAGUGCAUCUCCGUCCUGCGCUUCAACAGCUCCGCCCCCUUCAUCGCCUCCCCCACCAUCCUGUUCCGGCCCAUCCACCCAAUCGCGGGCCUGCGCUGCCGCUGCCCCGUCGGCUUCACCGGCGACUACUGCGAGACGGAGAUCAACCUGUGCUACUCCAACCCCUGCCUGAACGGGGGCGUGUGCGCCCGCCGAGAGGGCGGCUACACCUGCAUCUGCCGCGAAAGCUACACAGGUGAGCACUGUCAGUGGGACUGGCGGCAGGGUCGCUGUGCCCCGGGCAUGUGCCGAAACGGGGGGAAGUGCCGGGCGGAGCCCAAGGGGGGGUUCCACUGUGAGUGCCCGGCCGGCGGGUACGAGCGCCCGGACUGCGCCAUCACCACCCGCUCCUUCCCCCCCAAAUCCUUCAUCAUGUUCCGCGGCCUCCGGCAGAGGUUCCACCUCACCGUCUCCCUCUCCUUUGCUACUCUGGAGAGCCGAGGCCUACUGCUGUAUAACGGCCGCUUCAAUGAGAAGCACGACUUCCUGGCGCUCGAGAUCCUGGACGGACAGGUGCAGCUGACGUACUCCACAGGUGAAUCCUCCACCCAGGUGAGCCCUUACAUACCAGGAGGCGUAAGCGAUGGUGACUGGCACACCGUCCACAUACACUACUACAACAAGCCCAAGCGGAGCAUGAACGGGGAGGGCCAGGGCCCGUCGGAUGAGAAGGUGGCGGUGGUCAGCGUGGACGACUGCGACACCGCCGUGGCCCUCAGGUUCUACCAGCACCUGGGAAACUACAGCUGCGCCGCCCAGGCCCGGCAGACCAGCUCCAAGAAGUCUCUGGAUCUCACAGGACCCCUCUUUCUGGGAGGGGUGCCAAAUUUGCCCGAGAGCUUUCGCUUUGUGACUCGAGAGUUCAUUGGCUGCAUGAAGGAUCUUCACAUCGAUAACCGACCCCUGGACCUGGCUGGCUACAUUGCCAACAAUGGCACCCUCCCUGGCUGCAGCGCCAAGCUUCCCUUUUGCAAGUCCAACCCCUGCCAAAAUGGAGGCACAUGUCGAGUGAGCUGGGAAACAUUUUCCUGUGACUGCCCCCUAGGGUUUGGGGGGAAGGACUGCAGCCAUGUGAUGCCUCACCCUCAUCGUUUUCUGGGAAAUAGCGCCCUCUGGUGGGACCUGAAAAAUGACGUUACCAUUUCCACCCCCUGGUACCUGGGCCUGGUGUUCCGCACACGGGGGCGCGAUGGGGUGCUGCUGCAGGCCCAGGCCGGGCAGUACACCAGCCUGCUGUUCCAGCUGAUGGGGGGGCAGCUGGUGUUCUCCAUCAGCCGGGGCUCGGCCCGGGCGGCCCGCCUGCGUCUGGACCAGGUGCAGGUGAGCGACGGGCGCUGGCACGACCUGCAGCUGGAGCUGAGAGACGUCCGCAGCGGCGCCGAGACUCGCUACGUGGCCACCGUCCGCCUGGACUUCGGCCUCUUCCAGGGCACGGUGAUUGUGGGUAAUGAACUGCACAGCCUGAAGGUGAAGCACCUGCACGUGGGGGGCGUCCUCGGAGCGGGAGAGGUGCAGAGCGGAAUGAGGGGCUGCAUCCAGGGAGUACGUUUGGGGGUGAGACCUGAUGCACCCCCUCUGCCCCGCCCAACCCGAGCUGUGAAGGUAGAGGUUGGCUGCAGCGUAGGGAAUCCCUGCAACUCCUCCCCCUGCCCCGCCCACAGCCAGUGUGCUGACCAAUGGGAACGCCACUCCUGCGUGUGCGAGCCAGGUUACUAUGGUAAGAGCUGCACAGAUGCGUGCCAGCUGAACCCGUGUGAGAAUGAGGCCCAGUGUCACCGUAAGCCCAACUCAUCCCACGGCUACGCCUGUGACUGCGGGGACGACCACUACGGACAGUACUGCCAGAACAAGAUGGACCAGCAGUGCCCUCGUGGAUGGUGGGGCAACCCCACAUGCGGACCCUGCAACUGUGAUGCCAGUAAAGGCUUUGAUCCUGACUGCAAUAAGACCAGCGGCCUGUGCCUCUGCAAGGAGUUCCACUAUCGCCCCCGGGGCAAGGACACCUGCCUGCCGUGCGACUGCUACCCGGUGGGGUCCUUCUCUCGGUCAUGUGACCCAGAGAAUGGGCAGUGCCAGUGUCGGCCCGGCGUGAUUGGCCGCCAGUGUAACACGUGUGACAACCCCUUCGCUGAGGUCACACAGGCUGGCUGUGAGGUGAUCUAUGAUGGAUGCCCUAAGACUGUUACCUCCGGGAUCUGGUGGCCUAGGACCAAGUUCAGCCUCCCGGCAGCUGUGCCCUGUCCCAAAGGCUCUGUGGGUGCAGCGAUAAGGCAUUGUGAUGUGGAGAGGGGCUGGGUGGAUCCUGAUCUGUUUAACUGCACUUCCCCUCCGUUUGUGGAGCUCAAUGCAGCGCUGGAGUCAGUAGAAAGGAAUGAGACGGAGCUCAGCACCAUAGCGGAGAAGAAACUGGCUCAUCAGCUGCGUGAUGUCACAGAGGCCACGUCCCGUCUCUAUGGAAACGACCUGCAGAUCGCCGAGCGGCUGCUGUCCCGGCUGCUGGCCUUCGAGAGUCGACAGAGCGGCUUCGGUCUGACCGCGACGCAGGACGCCCACUUCAACGAGGUGACGUCCCCUUCCCGGCAACGAGCUGCGUAUCCAGGCGAGAGCCUCGCUUUCGUACCGCACACCGCACCACGGUUCGAUCCAGGUUACUGUUUUUCUGCUGGUUUGUUGCAUUUUCUCCUGCUGGAGUUCGCUGACCUGGCCCAGAACAUGAAGCUCACCUACCUCAACCCUGUGGCCCUGGUGGCUCCCAACAUUGUGAUGAAUCUGGACCGCGUGGAGAACCACACUCAUGUUCGCCGGCGUUUCCCUCGCUACCACAGCAGCCUGUUUCGUGGCCAGACUCCCUGGGACCCUCACACACACGUGGUGCUGCCCCCUGCUGUCCUGGUCCCGCAACGACCCUCCGUGCCCUACCCCAGCAGCCUCCACACGCCGGUUAGCGUUUCGACCAAUCACACCGCAGAGAUCUCUGUAGCCAAGCGCACUGUCACCCCGCCAGACCCGCCAAUCACCAUCGUGAUACUGCUGAUCUACCGCAGCCUGGGAUUGGCUCUCCCUGCCAAGUACCACACCGACCGCCGUGGAGUCAGACUCCCCAGGCACCCUGUGAUGAACUCUCCCAUCGUAAGCGUUUCUGUCUACAAUAACCAGUCCUUCCUGGAGGGGAUGCUAGAGUCCCCUCUCCUGCUGGAGUUCCGCCUCCUUCAGACGACCAAUCGCAGCAAGCCUCUGUGUGUGCAGUGGAACCACAGCAGCCUGCUGGAAACAGGGGGCUGCUGGACAGUGAGGGACUGCAGCGUGGUGUACAGGAACACCUCACAUGUGCGCUGCCAGUGUCAGAAGCUGGGCACUUUCGGGGUCCUGAUGGACAGCUCCCAGCGUGAGCAGUUGGAGGGGGAUUUGGAGACUCUGGCCGUGGUGACGUAUUCCUCCCUGUCGGUGUCCCUGUUGGCUCUGCUCCUGACCGUCAUGGUCCUGUCUUGCCUGAGGGGGCUGAAGUCCAACACCCGCAGCAUCCACUCCAACAUGGCCGCCGCCAUCUUCCUGUCUGAGCUCGUCUUCCUGCUGGGCAUCAACCAGACUGAGCAACAGUUCCUCUGUACUGUCAUUGCCAUCCUGCUGCAUUACUUCUUCAUGGCCACUUUUGCCUGGCUGUUUGUGGAGGGGCUGCACAUCUACCGCAUGCAGACGGAAGCUCGGAACAUCAACUACGGAGCCAUGAGGUUCUACUACGCCAUAGGCUGGGGUGUGCCCGCCAUCAUCACAGGUCUGGCUGUGGGGCUGGAUCCUGAAGGCUAUGGGAACCCGGAUUUCUGCUGGAUCUCUGUCCAUGACAAGCUCAUCUGGAGCUUCGCUGGACCCAUUGGCAUUGUUAUUGUGAUGAAUGGCGGGAUGUUUAUGAUUGUUGCGCGCAUGUCCUGCAGCCCCACACAGAAGGAAACCAAGAAACAGUCGGUUGUUGCCACCAUACGCAGUGCCACCAUCCUGCUGGUCCUGGCCAGCUCCACCUGGUUCUUUGGGCUGAUGGCUGUGAAUAACAGUGUUCUGGCCUUCCACUACCUCUACACUGUGCUGUGCUGCUUACAGGGUGUGGCGGUGUUGCUGGUGUUCUGCCUGUUGAAUGCGGAGGUGCAGGAGGCCUGGAAACUCUCCUGUUUGGGGAAGAAGAGCCCAGCUGAGGAUCCUCCACACACCUCCCAAAUCACUGGCCCAAAUCCCUACAACAGCGCCUCCUUGCUGGAACAGAGUGGACUGCACCGCAUCACCCUGGGAACCUCCACCAUCUCCUCAGUCAGCAGUGCACGAGAGAACCUGCUGGCCAGACAAACCCUGGAGCAGAACCUCCUCAGUCACACAGGAGCCACUGACCUGGAUGUAGCCAUGUUCCACCGAGACGGAGGUGAAGAUUCAGACUCGGACUCUGACCUCUCUCAGGACGAGGAGUGCAGUCUGUCCAUCCCGUCCUCUGAGAGCGAGGACAACGUUCGUCUCCGCGGACGCAUCCAGCGACGGUUCAAACGCUCCAAUCACAGUGAGCGGCUGCUCACGGAGCCCGCCCACAAUGGUACCAAAGGUACUGUCUCGUACAGAAACUCACACACCCCCACACGCACUCAUACAGUCACACAUAAACAUGUACAUCAAACAUUCAUAUACCAAUGCACAUGCACAUCCAGGUGAAUAAUAUAAAUUCAUAUAUAUAU